AUGAACCGGCAAACUUACAGCAUGAGAGCCGGAGGUGGAGGCAGAUCUUACAGCACUGCCUCAGCUAUUAUUCCAAGCAGCAACAGGGCUGGCUUUAGCUCGAUGUCUGUGGCACGGUCUGGAGGAGGUGGAGGUGGUUUUGGAAGGCUCAUCGCAGGAGGUGGCAGUGGUGGUGGUGGUUUUGGCAGCAGGAGCCUCUACAACCUUGGUGGUAGCAAGAGAAUAUCCAUUGGUGUUGGAAGCAGCUUCCGAGCUGCUUUUGGGAGUGGAGCUGGGGGUGGCUCUGGCCUGGGAGGUGGUGGUGGCUGUGGACUUGGUGGUGGUGGAGCUGGCAGCAGUCUUGGGCUUGGUCUUGGUGGUGGAGGUGGUGGAUAUGGCUUUGGUGGAGGUGCUGGUGGGCUUGGCUUUGGUGGUGGACAGGGAGGUGGUGGAGGGUUUGGCUUUGGUGGAGUAGGGGGUCUGGGAGGGUUCAGUGGAGGGCUCGGUGGUGGCAGGAACCCAAUGGGAUAUGGUGGUGGCCCACCUGGAAUUGGUACAAUCCAAGAAGUGACCGUCAACCAGAAUCUCCUGGCGCCACUGAACCUGGAGAUAGAUCCAAACAUCCAUCAGGUGCGAAAAGAUGAGAGGGAGCAAAUCAAGACCCUCAACAACAAGUUCGCUUCUUUCAUCGACAAGGUUCGCUUCCUGGAGCAGCAGAACAAGGUGCUUGAGACCAAGUGGACCCUCCUACAGGACCAGGGUCAAAAAAACAGCUCGGGCAAAAACAACCUGGACCCACUCUUUGAGGCUUAUAUUAACAACCUGAAACGGCAGCUGGCCACCCUGCUCAACGAGAGAGGACGCAUGGACGGGGAGCUGAAGAACAUGCAAGACCUUGUGGAGGAUUUCAAGAACAAAUACGAAGAGGAAAUCAACCGACGCACAGCAGCAGAGAAUGAAUUUGUGGUGCUGAAGAAGGAUGUGGAUGCUGCUUACAUGAAUAAGGUGGAGCUGGAGGCCAAGGUGGAUGCCCUGAACGAUGAACUCAGUUUUCUCCGAGCCCUCUAUGAUGCGGAGCUGGCUCAGCUCAGUGCACAAGUGUCCGACACUGCUGUCAUCUUGUCAAUGGACAACAACCGGGACCUGGACCUCAGCAGCAUCAUAGCUGAAGUCAAAGCUCAGUAUGAAGACAUUGCUAACCGGAGCCGUGCCGAGGCAGAGGCUUGGUACCAAACCAAGUUCGAGGAACUGCAGGCCACGGCUGGGAAGCAUGGGGAUGACCUGCGUAACACAAAGGGGGAAAUCUCUGAGCUCAACCGUCUCAUCCAGAGGAUCCGGUCAGAGAUAGAGAACACGAGGAACCAGUGUGCCACCCUGCAGACGGCCAUUGGAGACUCCGAGGAGCGUGGGGAGCUGGCUCUCAAAGAUGCCAAGGCAAAGAUGAUUGACCUGGAAGAUGCCCUGCAGAAAGCUAAAGCUGACAUGGCCCGGCAGCUCCGGGAGUACCAGGAGCUCAUGAACAUCAAGCUGGCCUUGGACAUUGAGAUCGCGACCUACAGGAAGCUGCUGGAGGGAGAGGAGAGCAGGUAA